AUGUAUAUACAUGACAAAGAGUGCGAUAAAAAUACAGUGGAAACAGGUGAUAAUUUACAAGCUGAUUCUACAGUUGUUGUAGCUGAUUCAAUGAUACAAAAGAAAAAGAAUCUAGUGAAAUGUAUGGAAACAUUGGAUGAUUCUUCAAUGACACUGGAAGAACAUACUAUAAAAAAGAAGUCUGAUUCGAAGGACAACCUAACUCAGAAAAACACGACUUCUACAUCCAGUAAUGAUUUCGCGUCAAAAGAUCCAAUAUCCACUAUUAUGUCACCAAAGGCUGAACGAUAUGUUCGUAGAUGGUUAACAGAUGCUUCACCAUUAGAGCGCACAACUGCACUGGAAUUAAUAGACAAGCUCCACCGUGAGACAAACGAACAAGAUCAAUUAACUGAUACUCAAUUUCAAACCGUUAUGAAACGAGUUAAGAACAUUAACCGUAAUCAAGACAAAAUACCACACCCCGUGUUUUCUCGAAGUGAUGGUUCAACGCAUUUCAAGUAUUUAGAUCUACUAACUCAGCAAGAAAGAAGGGAUCAUUGGAUGUAUUGCAGUUGGCAUCACUUACCUCCAUAUAGAAUAUCAAGUAUGGCUAAAUACGACUACCCUGGAUCACAUUAUUUACAUUUAUUGGAAAGGCAACCAAAAGAAUAUGUUAUUCAUCCUGACUUAGGUUAA